GAAUUACGUCAUCAACAUGCGCAUCGCUGUCAACAUUUUGCAGCAGACUGGCAUUGCACAUUUGUAGUCUAGGGAAAUAGCUGGCAUUCAAGCGUAUCUCAAAACAUAGCUGCAAAACAUUGUGCGUAUACGCUUCAGGUGGUAUCUGUAAAAGGGCAGAGAUUUAAAAAUACUGAUUGAUGGCUAACAAUGCUUGCUAGCUAGCUAAUUAUGGCGCACGUAGACUAGCUCUUUAAAAAUGUAUGUAAAAACAAUUACUUUAUCCAAGUUCUAAUGAUAGUUUUACCAAGUAGCAUUCAAAUCUGUAAGCAAAUUGACCAUGUGCCAGGUUGACGAUAAAGAAUUCAAUGGACAACUGGAACAUAGAGAAGCCCCUUGUCUCUCUAAAAAGUGUAUGAAAUGCAAACACUCCACAGCAGUAUUGCUUAUCAGAGCUGGAGAUGCCUUUUGCAGGGACUGUUUCAAGGAGUACUUUGUACACAAAUUUCGGGCCAUGCUGGGGAAAAAUCGUACAAUAUUUCCUGGGGAGAAGGUGCUCCUUGCUAUAUCUGGAGGGCCAUCAUCUUUUUCCAUGUUGGCACAAGUUCAGGAGGGCUUGAGUCGAGAAGCAUCUAAGAAGUUGAGAUUCUCUCCAGGGAUUGUCUACAUUGAUGAGGGAGGAGCUACUGGCCAGAGUCUGGAAGAGAGGGCAAGCUUUGUAUCCCCGCUGGAGGCUGUCUUCAAAGCUACUGGCUACCCCUACUACAUAGUCCCAUUAGAGCAGGUUCUCAGUUUGCCCAUGUCAGUCCUAGAGGUUGGGACACCGGCCACAGACAGGGCUGGGGGGAGCUACAAAGCUGGAGUGGACCAGUACAUCCAAAACCAGCACCAGAGCCCAGGCCCUGCCCAUCCCCAGGUUGACCUAUCACAUCUCAAUUUAAAAGACGGCAAGAUCAGGGACCCUGCCCUAGCCACACCUGACUCUGCCCAGAGCCAGGCACUGCAGAGGCUGUUUGCGUCCAUUAAGACUCUGACAGCCAGAGAAGAUAUGCUGCAGACCCUCAGGCAUCACCUGAUCUUGUAUGUAGCCAGGUCAGAAGGCUUCUCUAAGGUCAUGCUGGGGGACAGCUGCACCCGUCUGGCUGUCAGGCUGCUCAGCAGCAUCUCUCUGGGACGAGGUUCCGCCCUCGCCAUGGACACUGGAUUCUCAGACACCCGCUAUGGAGAUGUGGUCCUUGUCAGGCCCAUGAGAGACUACUCUUCUAAAGAGAUUGCCUUCUACAACCGCAUGUUUGGUGUCCCUACUGUUUUCAUCCCUGCUCUUGACACCAAGGUACCAGACAAGGCCAGCAUCCAGCGACUAACGGAGAGCUUUGUUACCAAACUUCAGGCUGACUUCCCUGCCACCGUCAGCACCAUCUACCGGACCGGUGAGAAGCUCCACACAGCCUGCCCCCAUCAGACCUCCUGUGUGGACCACACUGCCAAAUGCCUGUUAUGUAUGUGUGCCUUGGACACUACUGUGGAAGAGGCCUCAGCCUUCCAGGCCACUCUGAUCUCAGAGCAGCUUUCUCAGAGGAAGGACCCAGGUCUGACCCCGUCACCUCCAGCCCCAGUCUCAGGGUCGUCUCCUGUAUCACCAGGCCAGUGCUGCUCCUCGGCAGGCUCCCAGAGGGAGGGCUGUGGCUCUGGGGAAGUCUGCUGCUCCUCCUCCAGGUUGCCAGAUGUGGAUGUGAAGAGCCUGUUGUGUUACAGCUGUAGGCUGACCGUCAAAGACAUGAUGUCUGUAGACACUCUGCCACAAUACAUCCUGUCAGAGGCUGAGAGGAGGAAGAGAAGGUCUAAGAUGAAGGAGGAAAUCAGCGAGUUUCUGCUGGAAAAAAAUGAGGAAGAUCUGUCCUGAUGUUAACCUCCUGCCUACUUACUAUCAUGCUACCGUUAUUGUUUUUAGGUCUUGUGUUCAUUCUGUCUCAUUUGAAGGUUUUGCUCCAUGGGGCUGAAAUGGCUGGGUGAUAUCAGUAUUUUAACUGCCUUCAAAAUAAUAAAGCUGCUUUCAAUAAAUGAGUGACUGUUCAAUAA